AUGGAUGACACUUCUGCUCAAACAUAUUAUGAAUUUAAUGCUUCUAAGGAGGACCCGUUAUUUCUUAACUCUUUAAUCUUUAAAUACGUUAAAAUCCAGGUCCUAAGAGAUAUUGUGUACUCUGGGUACUUAGAAUCUAUCGAUCCACUUCAAUACAGGGAGAUGAAUGUAAAAAAAAUAUUGAUACCUGGACAUGCUGUAUUAAACAUAACUGUUUUAGAUGAUAUUGAUUGUAUGAAACCAAAAAAUAAUGAAGUCAUAUUAACUUCGGAGGAUGUCUUAGAAAAGAAACAGAAAAUGAUAUCAUGGUUUAAGAAAAAUUUAUUGCCAGUAAUAGAAGAAGGAGAGAAUAUUGUUGUUGGUAACAUUUCAGUUCUACCACCAUACAGUGAAAAUGAUAUCUGCGCUUUAAAUCCAAUUGUUGCUACAGAAGUUAGAAAAAUGAUUUUAAACAUGCCAUAA